UAAAGCUCUCCCCAGUUCUUUCUUCUUCCUCUAAUGGCGAAAAGCAUGAUUUCACGUUCCCUUCUUUCUUCCAUCAAAAACUCCCACCUCCAAAAAUUUCCCUCACUUUCCCACCAUCCAAACACCACCAAAAUCCCACCUUUUAAACCCCAUUCAUUUUCCUCCCCAUUUUCCACCAUUUCCCCUCCGCUUUUCAAACUAACCCACAAAGACUGGCUCUCCCCGACCGAAAUCCUCAAAAUAUUUGAAAAUAUCAAAGACCCAGACUCAAUAAAUUCGGUCCUAAACCAAUACUCAGCUCGAAAAGAUUAUAAACCGACCGAACCGCUCUUCACUCUGGUCAUCAACAAUCUGGCAUGUGCCCAGGAUUUUGUUUCCAUCGAAAACAUCAUGGAAAAGCUCAAACGCGAGAAAGCUUGUCGUUUUUCCGAUGAUUUCUUCCAGAAUGUGAUUAAGAAAUACGGGCACGUCGGAGGUCGAAUCAGACUGGCGAUCGAGACCCUUUUUAGCAUGCCGGAAUACGGGACUUGGCCUAGUGUUAAGACCUUCAACAUCGUAUUGAGCUUACUCGUGAAUAAUAAAUUGUUCGAUGUUGUUCAUGAGGUUUAUAUGAAAGCUCCCGAUUUGGGUAUUGAAAUCGAAACUUGUACUUUGAAUAUUCUGAUCAAAGGGUUGUGUGGAAAUAGGAAAGUGGAGUUUGCAUUACAAUUGCUCGACGAAUUUCCUAAACAAAGGUGUAAGCCUAAUGUUAGGACUUAUUCGACGUUAAUGCACGGGUUGUGUGAGGAGGGGAAGGUCGAUGAAGCUUUCGAGUUGAUGGGGAGGAUGGAAAUGGAAGGGAUCGAGGCCGAUGCCGUUAGCUUUAACAUUUUGAUUUCGGGUCUUAGAAAGCAAGGCAGGCUUGAAGAAGGUGUGAAGCUUUUGGAAACGAUGAAAAUGAGAGGGUGUUAUCCCAAUGCAGGGUCUUAUCAGGAGGUGUUGUAUGGUUUGCUCGAUGCCGAGAGGUUUAUUGAAGCGAAAGAGGUUAUUGGGAGAAUGGUUUUCGAGAGGGUUGAUCCGAGUUUCGAUUCGUUCAAGAAGUUGAUUCAUGGCUUUUGUAAGGUGAAGAUGGUGAAGGAAGUUGAUUGGGCUUUGAAACAUAUGCUGCGCCAUGGUUUUGUUCCUAAGAGGGGGGUGUGGAUUCAGAUUGUUGACUGUGUUCUUGCAGGGAAGAACACUUGUGACUGUAGUUUGCUCAGUGAAAUCAUCGAUAGCUAGCAGCAACGCGAUGCUAAGUCCAUUAGCUUGUGGUUUCAGCUUAUGUUACUCGAACACGAAUGAAUGUCGGAUACAAAUAAAUUUUAAGGGUUUUAGAAGAUUAUGUCUCCAUAUCCAUAUAUGAAUAUGUGCUGAACAUGAAUUUCGCUUUGAAACAAAUGGUACACCAUGGAUUUGUUCCUAAGAAGGGGAUGUAGAUUCAGAUUGUUGACUGUGUUUUUGCAGGGAAGAAGAAGAACACUUGUGGCAGGCGGCAACGGAGAUUCAAAUGGCUGUCGCGACAAUAUUAUAGGUU